CACACACACAGACACACACAGACACACACAGACACAUGCACACACACAGACACACACACCAUUGCGUUCUCUCGUUGAACGCUCGCUGAUUGUCCUGGUGGAAAGCUGUAAGAUACGAUUAACCCCAGACAGUAACUCAGUCUGUCAGUCUCUAUCCACUGGCAGCCAGGCUUAGGAUAACUCUUAGGAUUAGGAUAACUCUUAGGUCUAGGAUAACUCUUAGGAUUAGGAUCAUGAUAACUCUUAGGUUUAGGAUCAUGAUAACUCUUAGGUUUAGGAUAACUCUUAGGAUUAGGAUCAUGAUAACUCUUAGGUUUAGGAUCAUGAUAACUCUUAGGUUUAGGAUUAGGAUAACUGUUACGUUUAGGAUCAUGAUAACGCUUAGGUUUAGGAUUAGGAUAACUCUUACAUUUAGGAUUAGGAUAACUCUUAGGAUUAGGAUAACUCUUAGGUUUAGGAUAACUCUUAGGAUUAGGAUCAUGAUAACUCUUAGGUUUAGGAUCAUGAUAACUCUUAGGUUUAGGAUAACUCUUAGGAUUAGGAUCAUGAUAACUCUUAGGUUUAGGAUCAUGAUAACUCUUAGGUUUAGGAUAACUCUUAGGAUUAGGAUCAUGAUAACUCUUAGGUUUAGGAUCAUGAUAACUCUUAGGUUUAGGAUAACUCUUAGGAUUAGGAUCAUGAUAACUCUUAGGUUUAGGAUCAUGAUAACUCUUAGGUUUAGGAUUAAGAUAACUGUUACGUUUAGGAUCAUGAUAACGCUUAGGUUUAGGAUUAGGAUAACUCUUACAUUUAGCAUCAUGAUAACUCUUAGGAUUAGGAUAACUCUUAGGUUUAGGAUCAUGAUAACUCUUAGGUUUAGGAUCAUGAUAACUCUUAGGUUUAGGAUCAUGAUAACUCUUAGGUUUAGGAUAACUCUUAGGAUUAGGAUCAUGAUAACUCUUAGGUUUAGGAUCAUGAUAACUCUUAGGUUUAGGAUUAGGAUAACUGUUACGUUUAGGAUCAUGAUAACGCUUAGGUUUAGGAUUAGGAUAACUCUUACAUUUAGGAUUAGGAUAAGUCUUAGGAUUAGGAUAACUCUUAGGUUUAGGAUAACUCUUAGGAUUAGGAUCAUGAUAACUCUUAGGUUUAGGAUCAUGAUAACUCUUAGGUUUAGGAUAACUCUUAGGAUUAGGAUCAUGAUAACUCUUAGGUUUAGGAUCAUGAUAACUCUUAGGUUUAGGAUAACUCUUAGGAUUAGGAUCAUGAUAACUCUUAGGUUUAGGAUCAUGAUAACUCUUAGGUUUAGGAUUAGGAUAACUGUUACGUUUAGGAUCAUGAUAACGCUUAGGUUUAGGAUUAGGAUAACUCUUACAUUUAGGAUUAGGAUAACUCUUAGGAUUAGGAUAACUCUUAGGUUUAGGAUAACUCUUAGGAUUAGGAUCAUGAUAACUCUUAGGUUUAGGAUCAUGAUAACUCUUAGGUUUAGGAUAACUCUUAGGAUUAGGAUCAUGAUAACUCUUAGGUUUAGGAUCAUGAUAACUCUUAGGUUUAGGAUUAAGAUAACUGUUACGUUUAGGAUCAUGAUAACGCUUAGGUUUAGGAUUAGGAUAACUCUUACAUUUAGGAUCAUGAUAACUCUUAGGAUUAGGAUAACUCUUAGGUUUAGGAUCAUGAUAACUCUUAGGUUUAGGAUUAGGAUAACUCUUAGGAUUAGGAUAACUCUUAGGUUUAGGAUCAUGAUAACUCUUAGGUUUAGGAUAACUCUUAGGUUUAGGAUCAUGAUAACUCUUAGGUUUAGGAUCAUGAUAACUCUUAGGUUUAGGAUUAGGAUAACUCUUAGGAUUAGGAUAACUUUUAGGAUUAGGAUAACUCUUAGGAUUAGGAUAACUCUUAGGGUUAGGAUAACUUUUAGGAUUAGGAUAACUCUUAGGAUUAGGAUAACUCUUAGGUUUAGGAUCAUGAUAACUCUUAGGUUUAGGAUUAGGAUAACUCUUAGGUUUAGGAUCAUGAUAACUCUUAGGUUUAGGGUUGGGAUAACUCUUACGUUUAGGAUCAUGAUAACGCUUAGGUUUAAGAUCAUGAUAACUCUUAGGUUUAGGAUUAGGAUAACUCUUAGGUUUAGGCUUAGGAUAACUCUUAGGUUUAGGCUUAGGAUAACUCUUAGGUUUAGGCUUAGGAUAACUCUUAGGUAUUUGGUAUUUUAUUAGGUUCCCCAUUAGCUGUUGCAAAAGCAGCAGCUACUCUUCCUGGGGUUCC